AUGAUCGAAUCUAUAGAAGUUAGAGAGUAUUCCAAUUAUUAUGAUGCAGGUGUUAUGAGAGCACACUAUUACAAUAAAACGUAUUCCGAAGACGAGGGCCCAAUUCCGGAGUAUUUAAAAGAUUCGAGGUUUGGUAUAAAAUUCUACGCCAUAUUUUGGUUGUCUUCCCUUUCUAUUUAUGGGAAUUUUUACUUUCUUCUGUUUCCCCGCAAGAUUAUGAUUGAUACUGUCAUCAAUAUACGCAUUUCUCACUUCUUUAGACAUUAUUCGUGGUCAACCGCUAACAUGUCCUCGCG